AACCACUUGUUUCCCUACGCCUUUUUCUUCAGAGCUCAAACACAACAUUGAUUCAACCCAUUGCCCAAAAAAGACACUCAAGCGAGAAAAAUGAACCAAAACAGAGAUGGGAUUUCCUCCUCUUUCUCAUGCUUGCCUGAAGGCUGCGUGUCCAAUAUCAUAUCUUUGAUGGCAUCUCCCAAAGAUGCAGGCAGAGCAUCUCUGGUUUCGUGGGAAUUCAAGUCUGCUUCGGAAUCUGACACCAUUUGGGAACAAUUCUUUCCUGCGGAUUAUAAGGAGAUCAUUUCAAGCUCCGCUAGUCCUCCCCUUAGCUGCGCUACCAAGAAAGAAUUGUUCUCUCAUCUUUGUCACUGCCCAAUUCUCAUUAAUGAUGGCACAAUGAGCUUUUGGCUGAGCAGAUCUACUGGAAAAAAAUGUUACAUGCUGUGUGCAAGGAAGCUUGCAAUUGUAUGGGCAGAUGUUCCUCGGUACUGGAAAUGGACACCCUUUCCUGAAUCAAGGUUUCCUCAGGUAGCUGAGCUGGUACAUGGUUUUUGGCUUGACAUUCAAGGCCAGAUGCCGACUCGUCUGCUGUCUCGGAGGACUACUUAUGCUGCCUACCUUGUGUAUAAAAUUACAGAAUGGCCAUAUGGGCUGACAAAAGCUGCAAAGGCCUCAAUUUCUUUUGGAGGAGGCAGCAGCACUAGUGGUGCUAGCUUUGUUGUUGAGCCAGAGAACAACUCUGUCUUCUUGGAACCACUCCCGUUCUGGCAUUAUUAUCCACCUGGGCAGGAUGAGAUUGUUGGUCGCUUUCCACGGCUGAGAAAAGAUGGAUGGCUGGAGAUUUCUCUGGGGGAGUUUUACAAUGAUGAAGGUGAUGGUGAUAUUGAGAUGCACCUUUGGGAACCUGAUGCUCUUGACUGGAAAAAUGGCCUCAUCAUUCAGGGGAUUGAGAUUCGUCCUUGGGUUGAUCUGUGAUACUCUGAUAUCAAAUGUUUGUCAAAAUUACAUAUGUUUAGCAUGUGAUUGGUUGCAUAGAAAAUUCAUAUGUAAUUCUGGCUUACUUAAGAUCAUAUCACAAGCAUUUAAGUUGAAUUCCAGGAAGUCGGGAAGGGAAAAGUGUAAUCACUGCAGAUCAUGAUACAAAUUAUUAUGUAUUGUGAAUUGUGUAACACUUGUAUCUGAGAACCUCUUACUCUGUUAUCAAUGGUCUAUAAUCUCUUUUAUAGAUUAAUCUUUGGGCUUCGUUCAUUGACAA